CUGUAUGGGUGAGCGGUGUAACCACGGGCUACCGUAUAAGAUAAAAGCGCCGUGCUCAGUAAACUUUAGAUUCGCGUCGACCGUCGAACAGGUCGCACUCCUGCGUGUUUUCCCGCUUUUCUGUGGCUGUGACUGAGGCUCUGGCAACGAUUUGGUAAUGAAGUGGUUUCUGCUGUUCGUGGCGGCCCUUGGCCUGGGAUUAGCCAACGCCGACUCCUCCGCCGACUCCAUCGAGUCCACCUACAACUACUACCGCCUGCCCACAUCGCUGCGCCCGCAGAAGUACCACCUCCGCAUCCUGACACUGCUGGAGAAUCCGGAGGACCUGCGCUUUUCUGGUUCCGUGAAGAUCCUGAUCGAAGCCCUGGAAAACACCAGGAACAUAACACUGCACUCCAAGAAUCUGACCAUCGAUGAGUCCCAGAUCACCCUGCGCCAGAUCGGCGGCGAGGGCAAGAAGGAGAACUGCGUGUCCUCCACGGCAGUGAAUCCCUCCCACGACUUCUACAUCCUCAAGACCUGCCAGGAACUUUUGGCCGGCAACACCUACGAGUUGUACAUGCCCUUCACCGCCGACCUGAACCGACAACUCGAGGGCUACUACCGCAGCUCCUACAAGGAUCCCGUGGCCAAUCUUACCAAAUGGAUCUCCGUUACCCAGUUUGAACCGGCAUCGGCUCGAUUGGCCUUCCCCUGCUUUGAUGAGCCCGAUUUCAAGGCUCCUUUCGUGGUCACCCUGGGAUAUCAUAAGAAGUACACGGGUAUUAGCAACAUGCCCGUGAAGGAAACCAAGCCACAUGAAACCCUCGCCGACUACAUAUGGUGCGAGUUCCAGGAGUCGGUGCCCAUGUCCACCUACCUGGUUGCCUACUCCGUGAACGAUUUCUCGCACAAGCCCUCCACCCUUCCCAAUAGCGCUCUAUUCCGGACUUGGGCCCGACCCAAUGCCAUCGACCAGUGCGAUUAUGCCGCUGAGUUCGGACCCAAAGUGCUGCAAUACUACGAACAGUUCUUCGGCAUCAAGUUCCCGCUUCCCAAGAUCGAUCAGAUUGCAGUGCCCGAUUUCAGUGCCGGCGCCAUGGAGAACUGGGGUCUGGUGACCUACAGGGAGAUUGCCCUGCUCUACUCGGCGGCUCACUCCUCGCUGGCGGAUAAGCAACGGGUGGCCAGCGUGGUGGCCCAUGAGUUGGCCCACCAGUGGUUCGGCAACCUGGUCACCAUGAAGUGGUGGACCGACCUGUGGCUGAACGAGGGAUUCGCCACUUAUGUGGCCAGUUUGGGUGUGGAGAAUAUCAACCCGGAAUGGCGCUCCAUGGAGCAGGAGUCGCUGUCCAACCUGCUGACCAUUUUCCGCAGGGACGCCCUGGAGAGCAGCCAUCCCAUCUCGAGACCCAUCCAAAUGGUGUCGGAGAUCUCGGAGAGUUUCGAUCAGAUCUCCUACCAGAAGGGCUCCACGGUGCUGCGCAUGAUGCACUUGUUCCUGGGGGAGGAGUCCUUCCGCUCCGGUCUGCAGGCCUAUCUGCAGAAGUUCUCCUACAAAAAUGCUGAGCAGGACAAUCUCUGGGAGUCGCUCACCCAGGCAGCCCACAAGUAUCGAGCCCUGCCCAAGAGCUAUGACAUCAAGAGCAUCAUGGACUCGUGGACCCUGCAAACUGGCUACCCUGUGAUCAACGUGACGCGUGACUACGCCGCCAGGACGGCCAAGCUCAACCAGGAGCGCUACCUCCUGAACACCCAGGUAGCCCGAGCUCAUCGCGGCGGUUGCUGGUGGGUGCCACUGAGUUACACCACACAGGCGGUGCAGGACUUCAACAACACGGCGCCCAAGGCGUGGAUGGAGUGCGGCAAGAAUGGCGAGAGCCUGCCCAAGACCAUUCAGGAUCUGCCAGGACCCGAUCAGUGGGUGAUCUUCAACACGCAGCUCUCGACGCUGUACAAGGUCAACUACGAUGCCCAGAACUGGAAGCUUCUAAUUGAGACCUUGACCAAUGGAGAUUUCGAACGCAUCCACGUGAUCAACCGAGCUCAGCUGAUCGACGAUGCCCUAUAUCUGGCCUGGACCGGCGAACAGGACUACGAGAUCGCCAUGAGACUGAUCGAGUAUCUGCAGCGGGAGCGGGAGUAUCUGCCCUGGAAGUCGGCCUUCGAGAAUCUGAAGCGAGUGGGCCGCAUUGUCCGCCAGACACCCGAUUUCGAGUUCUUCAAGUUGUUCUUUGUCCGCUACAUGAAGAAGCUGAUCCUGCCGAUCUACGAGCACCUGAAUGGCAUCAACGACACAUUCAGCGCGAUUCCGCAGCAGGAUCAGGUGCUGCUGAAGACAAUGGUGGUCAACUGGGCGUGCCAGUACCAGGUGGGCGAUUGUGUGCCCCAGGCCCUGGCCUACUACCGCAACUGGCGCGCGGAGGCUAAUCCCGACGAGAAGAACCCGGUUCCGAUCAACGUUCGUAGCACAGUGUACUGCACCUCCAUAAAGCACGGAUCCGAUUCGGAUUGGGAGUUCCUGUGGACGCGCUACAAGAAGUCCAAUGUGGCGGCUGAGAAGCGCACUAUUCUGACUGCUCUGGGUUGCUCGAGGGAGGUGUGGCUGCUGCAGCGCUAUCUGGAGCUGACCUUUGACCCCAAGGAGGCCAUUCGCAAGCAGGACUCGAUGUGGGCCUUCCAGGCGGUGGCCUUCAAUGAGGUGGGCUUCCUGCUGGCCAAGAAGUAUUUCAUGGACAACGUCGACUUCAUCUACAAGUUCUACCAUCCGCUCACCAAGGACAUGUCCCGCCUCCUCUCGCCGCUUUCCGAGCAGGUCAUCACGCUGAGCGACUUCAACGAGUUCAAGGACUUCGUGAACAACUCCCGCCAGUCGCUGAAGGGGCUGGAACAGGCCAUCCAACAGACCCUGGAGAUCAUGCUCACCAAUGUGCAGUGGAAGGAGCGAAACUACCACCAGAUGUCCCGCUCCAUCCAGCAACUGCUCUAGAUUACCCAGCUCCCAGUCCAGCCUCUCAUCAGCUCACUAAGAGAAGCAUCUCUUGAUUUCAGCAGGAAUGUUAUGAAUGUUUAAAGUCGCUUAAAUAAACUAUUUAAUACUCUAGUAUUCGUGUAUCUCAA